UUGAGAUCGGUGGCUCACGGCAAUGGUCCGGGUAAUGAGAUAUUUCAGCUGAGCUUUCAGCGGGUGAGGCACAGGUAUUUAAAGUCGGGAUCGGAAUUUUCACGGAAUACGGAAUAUUAGUGACCAAUCCAGGAUGGACAUUACUCGAUUGCAUCUGUUUCUUACAUCUCUGCUGACCAAUGUUAUCACAGCACAAGACACGUCUAUAUGGGAAGACUGGUGGUCAUACGAGGGAAUUUCAGGUCCUGCGUACUGGGGACUCCUGAACAUCGACUGGGCGCUGUGCAAUAAAGGCAGGAAUCAAUCUCCGAUCAACAUUGACCCCAAAACCUUGCUGUUCGACCCCAGCCUUGGACCAAUAGUCAUAGAAGGAGACCGUAUACAUGGUCACCUGUAUAACAACGGCCACGACAUCACACUGAGGGUUGCCAACAACUCCCACAAGGUGAACGUGACGGAGGGCCCACUGUCCUACAAGUACGUGGUCCAGCAGAUCCGGGUACACUUCCACACAGAGGAUGACCUGGGGUCCGAGCACACAAUCGAUGGCAAAUCCUUUCCAGCUGAGAUUCAGAUAUUUGCCUACAACACAGACCUGUACAAUAACAUGUCAACAGCAAAGAGGUCCCCAAGAGGUCUAACCAUCAUCGCUUUAUUUGCCCAAAUAUCCGAGAGACCACAUUCAGAAUUCGGAGUUUUACUAAAAGCCAUGAACAAAACAAAAUAUAAAGGCGAUGUGACACCAGUACGGGGCCUACAGUUGUCAAGACUUCUCCCGUCGACUGACAAUUAUGUCACGUACGAGGGUUCAAUGACACAUCCGGGUUGUUUUGAGACGGUCACGUGGUUGGUGUUAAAUAAACCCAUUCACGUCAGUAAAAAGCAGAUCGAGUCAUUGCGAGUUUUAAACCAGGCGACGAGAGACAACCCCCGCAUGCUGAUGGCGGGGAACAUCCGACCUCAGAUGCCCCUCAACCAGCGCACUGUCCGCACCAAUAUAAAUUUUGUAUGUCCUGCAUGUGAAACCUCACGUGUUGGUCAAAUGAUGCAAUCUGACCGAACACAAUCGCGUAGCUGCUCAAUGGGAAAGGAUAUGUUCUAUAAAGUAAACGAUCGGUUCAAAGAACCCUGAUACCAACUCCUUUCUGCGCAGUCUCAGAAGUCAACUUGCCUCCCACCUCUCCUGGACCGGAAACAGUUCAGAGAGAGGUGGAUAACGAUCCCUGAAGAUACUGUUCAUGCCUUAUUCAGAAUGGUGCUAUAUUUCUUCAACCAAAGAAACAGUGCUUUUGUUGAAAGACGCAGAAAACAAGACUGGUUAACUUGUGUUCUUUGUGAUUUCAAUUCUUGCGGGCUUGUGUUAUAUCCUGUGUGUUUGUCUGCUUGACACAGGCGUAGGCCAUGUGUGAAAGUAGAGCAUGUGUGAUUACAGACUAUGUGUGAAUAGACCAUGUGUGACUACUGCACAUCUCUUGUGGCCAACUUCUGAGAUUAUCAUACGGCGUCUUCUUCAACAACAACUCCAUCGAAACAUAAUGGUCUAACAACGGCUCUUCUGUUGUAGCCAACUUCUAAGAUUACCAUGCGUCCUCUUCAUCAACAACAACUCCAUCUAAACAUAAGGAAGAGACUACUGCACAUCUGUUGUGGUCAACGUCUGAGAUUUCUAUACGGCGUCUUCUUCAACAACGGCUCCAACCAAACAUAAGACUCUUACUACGGCUCUUUUCUUGUGGCCAACUUCUGAGAUUAUCAUACGGCAACUUCAUCAACAACAGUUCCAACUAAAUAUAAAGAAGAGACUACUGUACUUCUGUUGUGGCCAACUUCUGAGAUUAUCAUACGGCGUCUUCAUCAACAACGGCUCCAACUAAACAUGAUCCAACUACUGCUCCAACUACAGUUUCCAUGUUCAUC